AUGGCGUACCACUCGCAGCACACAAGCGCGACCUUCGUGCCAGGCGGUAUGGACGACUACUACAUGCCCAACAGUCCCGUCUCUGUCGUCGCACCUGCCCCUCAGCGGUAUCACACCCCACCUCCUGCACCUCCUGCCAUGACCUCUUCUAACAACAAGAUGNNCAGACACAUGCCCGAGAUGAGUGACCAGAUCCAAGAAGGAAUCGCAAACAUGCAACUAUCCGUCACAGCACAACACGAAGCUGCUGCCUUCCCUCAGAUCCCCUACCGCGGUCGCCAUAUUCCUCAGACCGAUACCGAGUUCGAGUCCGUCCUGGAAGCUGCAAGAGUCACCGUCUUGAAUUCAAACGACCCGGAUAUGCAAUUGGCAUGGGCCCAGGACGCCUUGCAAUAUGUCACUAUCUGUCUGGAGAACGAGGAGCGUCUACAACAGACACAACCGCCGCGCCCUCAGCAANNCCCCCCUGUCGAGAACCAGAUCAUGGUCGAUGCGAUCAACAUCGUCACUUUCCUCGCCGACCAGCAUCAUCCCAAGGCAGAGUUCAUGCGCGGCAUGUGGAACGAGUUUGGUCGCUUUGGCUGUCCGCACGACAAGCGCGAAGCCUUCCGUUGUUAUGCCAGAGCCGCCGAUCGAGGUUACGCCCGCGCCUGUUAUCGCCUCGGCAUGUUGUACGAGAAUGCCAACGAUGAAGAAAGAGCUUUGGACAAUUACAGACGUGGUGUUGCUGCUCAAGACAGCGCCUCUUUGUACCGCCUGGGUAUGAUCACAUUGCGAGGACAAUACGGUCAGCCUAAGGACUUUGCUACUGGUCUCGAUCUGAUUGCACGAUCUGCCGACUCGAUAGAUGAGAACGCNCCCCAAGGAGCCUACGUCUAUGGUAUGCUUCUUGCUCGCCAACCACCUCAGAUCAAGCUCCCCGAAAACGUUUUGCCCUUUGACGAACAAGAAGCAAGACGCUACAUUGAAAACUCGGCUUUCUGCAGAUUCUCAAAAGCACAGCUCAAGAUGGCAUCUGCUUAUGAACUGGCUUCUCUCGGAUGUGAAUUUGACCCGGCUCUUUCUCUGCAUUACAACCGUCUUGCUGCAAAGCAAGGUGAGCCUGAAGCCGACAUGGCCAUUAGCAAGUGGUUUCUCGUUGGUCACGAAGGUCUUUUCCCCAAGCACGAAGAGUUGUCAUACAUCUACGCCAACAGAGCUGCGCAUGCUGGUCUGCCGACUGCUGAAUUCGCCAUGGGUUACUUCAACGAGCUUGGCAUUCAUGCGCCCAGAAACAUCGAUCUUGCCCUGCAAUGGUACAACAAGGCUGCUGCAAACGGAAACAAGGAUGCCCAAGGUCGUAUCGAUAGUAUCGCUCACCGACACAUCCUGUCCAAGAAGGAUCACGAAAAUGUUGCUUUGACCCGUAUCAAGUCACAGCAUGGUUCAAUGCGUGGACAACGUCCUGCUAGAUUCCAAGCUCAAGUUCCGCGAAUUGAAUCCAUCUCUGAAGGUUCUACUUCUCCUCACCCAAGGCGUCUGUCAUCUCUUGGUCCUCCUCCUUCCAGCACUCCAGCACCUUAUCCUCUAGAUGACCGACCUCCUACUGUGCCUCCACCAAGAUCUACUUCUACCGCGCCUUACCCUAUAGAUGAUGUCACUCCGAGACCAACUCCUACACCCGGCCCCACAGGUGGUUUCUUGGAUACUCGCCCAGCGACCACCACACCAAUGGGCAAUCGUCAACGUGCUCACUCUGCUCUGCCACGUCCCGACUCUGCUGCAUCUGCACCUCAAGGCAUGCGACCAAUGCCCGCUGGUGCAAGACCAUCAGGUCAGCGUAUAGCCUCUGGACCCGUUACUGGUCCUCGCCCUCCNCCAGGAAGCUCCCCUCGCAUCAGUGCCACUUCCCAAGUACCACCCGUCAAUUCCCGCCUCGACAUUGGUUUCACCGCACCGCCAGACACACGCCCACCUCCCAGCGUGGUUUACAGCGCACCACAAAAUCCUGUAUCAGGCAGGCACUCCGCACGUCCGCAGACGUCUAACAGCAAUCCUAAUCUGGCACGUCCUCCACGCGUCGAUUCUGCUACACCGUCGAGACCGAGUCCAGGGCCUUCUGCGGAUAGCAGCAGUAGUGUCGCGACACCUCCGCCUACUACCACGACGCCGAAACCUGCAGCACCUGCUAAGCCUGUCAAGACUGGACCCAAGACUUUUGAAGAGAUGGGCGUGCCUAAGCACAAACAAGAGCAGGAGUGUAUCAUGAUGUGA